CCAAAAAGCACCGAAAGGCGAGGAAAAUGGCUGUCGACGCUGCCAAGGUCGAUAGUUCUGAACGCGGGUCGACGGUCGACGCAGACGAAAUCCAGCUGGUAAUAAUCAGCGGGGGUACUGGGUCAGACUUACGCAGGAAUGGAGGUUGCUGAAAGACUUUACCUUCGGUAACGUCAUCUUCUAAUGGCAAACUGGAAGGCUACGGGUAUCCUUGCUCGUGACGACGUCGUGUGCAACUUACGGGUCUUCUCGAUCUUCAGAGGCUUGUCUGCUUUGCUCCGGCGGAUAGCGGCUUGGAUUGAGAGUAUACCGUUUGAACCUGAUCAGCGCUCAUACCUGCGUAGGGAAGCCCCCAGUGUCGCCUAUUCUCUUUCGCUCCUUGUUGAGGGGCCCGAUAGAAUCUACUGACCAUCUUCAUUUUUCCCCUCGACAUUAGGAGAAACUAGGGUAUAAGCAGCAACUGCAUCGUACAUGGAGCAUCGUUGAGAGCUUUUCGGCGAGUUUUGUAGCCCUCAACUUCAUUGGAGGCGUCCGGUCUGGUCUCUUCUUGGGCUUGCUUGCCGGUGGUCCAGCUGCUGUGUGGUCGUCCUAUAUCAUCUCCAUGAUUUUCAUGUGGAUCACGGCGGCUGUCCUUGCCGAGAUCUGUUCUGCUCUUCCCUUGAGUGGCUCGAUCUAUAUCUGGGCUGCCGAAAGUGCUGGUGCUAAGUACAGCAGACUCUUCGGCUUCGUCGUUGCUUGGUGGUCCACGACAGCAUGGAUGACUUUCGCGGCUGGUAACUGUCAGACAACGGCAAACUACGUUGUUUCCCAGCUUGCUAUUUGGGAAGUCGACUUUCCUGGUGGUGUAGGCAAUGACAACAUCAAAUGGCGGGCUCUCAUCUGGGCCGUGUCGGAAGGCGUCCUGUUCUGCUCUAUCGCCAUCAACUACUUGCCGCCUAAGUGGUACUCAGCCGUCUUCCGCAUCUCGGUCGCAUUAUACAUGAUCGACUUCUUGCUUUGCGUGAUCUGGUUGCCCAUUGGCGUAUCCCACACCUAUGGUUUUCGCUCUGCCAAAGAGGUUUUCACGAUGACUUACAAUGGAACCGGUGCACCUGCUGGCUGGAAUUGGCUUCUCUCUUUCCUGUUUACCGCAGGCACUAUGAUCGGUUUUGACGCCUCUGGGCACAUUGCUGAAGAGACCAAGAAUGCUAGUGUUGUUGCAGGGCGUGGUAUCUUAAGCAGUGCCAUCGCGACGGGUGUCCUCGGAUUCGCCACCACGAUUCUAUUCCUGUUCUGCACUCCAGAUCUGGACACACUCUUCUCCCUGGACGCUCCACAACCGUUCGUGCAGCUGUAUGCGCUUGCCCUUGGUCGUCCCGGAAGCGUUGUCAUGACUGUCAUCGCCAUCCUCGGUCUCAUCCUGAGCACCAGUGUCGCCAUCGUUGCUGCCUCGCGUCUUAUCUACGCCGUCGCUCGUGAUGGGGUGCUGCCCAUGUCCGGAUGGAUUGGCCGCGUCGAUGCGGCGCGCCAACCGCGCAACGCCGUAACAGUCAUGUUCCUUUUUGGUGCUGCUAUCCUCUGUACUAUCUUGCCAAGCCAGGUUGCGUUCACGUCCCUGAUAUCCGCUGGAGGUAUCCCCACUACUGCGGCGUAUGGUCUCAUUGCACUGUUGCGUCUCGUGUUCACCCCGAACGACUUCAAGUCGUCGCACUUCUACCUUGGGAAAUGGCGCAAGCCAUUUUACAUCUCGGCGGUCCUGUUCAACGGUCUGAUAUUCGCGACCCAGAUCUCGCCGUUCUUUUUCCCGGUCACCGCUGAGACUUUUAAUUUCGCUUGCGCUAUCUUCGGCUCCGUCACAGUCUUCGGACUCCUCAGUUGGUACAUUGUUCCUGAUAGCAAGUGGCUUCGCCGUGAACUGGUUCAACAGCAACUCCACACCGCUAACGACGGAGCGACGUCUAUUGGCACAAGUACCAUCCCGGAAUUGUCCGCCACCCAGGCUGUCCGUCGCCACAGUGAGGACAACAAGAACACCGACUAAAGUCAGAAGCCUUGCUAUCGGCACACCGUUCCUGUUUUCGUUUGUCCUUUGGAUUGUGCCAAGCUUGGCUUUCAAGUCUACCCGUCCUCUUUUCCUUGUAUCGUUGCGGACCUGUACUAGUUUCGCUACCUAUGCCCAUCUCCUUAUAUCUUGCAACGGGUGUACAGGACGGUGCACUGUUGAGUGGUGUUUUAAGAAGGAUAGUGGCGUUAUUACCGACAAUAUACGCUUAGUAUGGCUCUAGACCCAAGUCUCCUCUACAUGCGCCCUCCACAUCGACGAUCUCCUUUGGAGCGGCUACGCUCAGCACCGUAGGAUGGUUGGUGCCGACCAGGACCUCAUCCUCAAUCCGGAUACCCAUAUUAUGGAACUCCUUUGGAAAUAUUGGCGAUGGUGGGACAUAUAUGCCCGGCUCGAUUGUUAUCACGUUACCGGCCUUCAAUGGUUCAUUUCGGUCCAAGUGCGCUGACUCGUGUAAAUCGAUUCCCACUGGAUGCCCGACAUAAUGAGGGUACAGCUCGUGUUCAAGGUCGCUCAUGCCCGACGCGCUAUGGAGGUUGAAUCCAAUCUUGUUCAAUUCCUUGCGUAGCACAUCAAGCGAUUCACGAUGAAUGUGUGCAAGCGACAGGCGGGCCGACUCAGUGCAGAGCGUAACAAGGUACUUCUGUGCCUGAAGCACGGCGUUAUACAAGGCGGCUUGUGCGGGCGAGAAUAUGCCCCGGGCAGGAAAAGUGCGAGUGAUAUCCGAGGCGUAGCCGUUGUAUUCGCAGCCCGCAUCAACAAGGAGGAGCUCAUCAUCACGAAUGGUCUGGUUGUUUGAAGUAUAGUGAAUAAUUAAAGCGUUUGGUCCCGAUGCUACUACUGGUACAUACGCCGGCCGCUGCGAGCCAUUCCUUGCGCAGAGGUAUUCGAAAUGCGCCGCCACUGCGUGUUCGGACAUGCCAGAUUCCGUGAAACGCAUCGUCUUUGUGUGUGCGUGGGCACUGAUAUCUGCGGCGCAGUGCAUGAUCCUCUGCUCCGGCUCACUCUUGAUGGCCCUCAGUAUUGCCAACUCGGGUGCAAGUGCUUUUCGCUUUUUGCUACUUAACGAGUCCAUAAUCGUAUCGUAUUCCAAAUGAGUAAUCCGUGCGAGCGGCGAGAGGUCCUUGAGUAAAUUUUGGUAGGUCGAGGAGCGUCCUCGCCGGGACAAUGACGCGGACAGCGGAAGUUCAGCAUAAACGUGAGAGCAAUUGCCCAAGAAACUCUUCAGUACUGCCGGGAAGGAUGUAAUAGAAUACGCAUCGUCCGCCCGGAAAUGCAGUAACAGAUCAUCCGGCGUGGUACGGGCACCGUUCCAUUUCUCCCUAUGUGAGUCCUUUCCCAGAGAGAACAUGAUCAUUCGGUAUCCUCGCGCAGAGGAGUUCUUCUCCAGGAUAACCGCUGCGUCUGGCUCCUCAAAUCCUGUGAGAUACCAGAAAUCGGAUGCUUGCCGAAAUUUGUAGAAUAUUUGACCGCUCAUGUACUUGACCUGCCCUGAUACGACAACCACGAUGCUAUCGCUUGGUAGUCUAUCCAUGAGGGCUUUUCGUCUCCGUUCGUACUCUUCCACGGGUAUUCCGGGGGUGGUCUCAUUUGGAUUCAUAAGAUGUGGAUGCGACGCAAACAACGGUUGGCCGAACCUCGUAGGCUUAAGGCCAUGCUGGAGGCCAUGCUCAGACGCAUAAUUUCUUG